UCUCGGCUCAAGGUCGCGUUCGCUGCUGCUCGAGGGCCGCGCAGGUAGACGGACAGCACCUCUGGCUGCUCGGCGUGACGCAUCAAGGGAUGCUCAGGCUGACGCUGGGACCGCUCUGUUUUGCCGCUCUGAGGGGCGCGGCAGCAGGCGAGUCCGACUUCGAUUACAAGCUGUCGGGCAAGCAUGGCGGUGGGCCGUGCGCCGGCCCGUCACGCUCCGAGGACAUCGGGGGCAUCGGACACUGCAGGAAAAGAUGCAACGAGGACCCUGGCUGCAAGUUCAUAAUCUUCGGGGACGACGCGUACCCCAAUUGCAUGCUGUUCGAGAAUUGCGACAAGCAGGUCGACGACAGCCGGAACUACACCGCCUUCCGGAAGGUGGAGAGCAGGACGUCCAAGGUCAAGACGACCACUGUCAAGACCACCACAGUCGAUCCAAGCGUCUCCAUGGUGUCCAGUUCUAUUCGCACCAAGGACCAGCCGAACGACGACAAGAAGGUGAACGACAUUCGCAAGAAGAGCAAGAAGAGCGAUAAGGAGGUGAUGGAUCUUAUCAAGGGCAUGUGCCCUGGCGAGAUCAACAUCGACGGGGACGGGCCCGUGCAGCUCAUCAACACGGUGUGGAACCUCGGCGACGACCACGCGGGCAAAGUGAAGGUGGACACGAAGGUUGGCAAAAACGGCGCCGUGGUGCCGUACAUGUCCGGCCGCACGUACUUCGCGGAGGCGUGCAAGCCGGGGGUGUACAACCACAACGAGUACGUCGCCAUGAACCUCCUGGGCAAGACUUUCAGCUACACCGUGGAUCUCACGGAUGCCGGCUGCGGCUGCAACGCGGCGCUCUACCUCACGAACCUCAGGCAGAACCCCAACGUGUCCGAGUGCCAGGACUACUAUUGCGACGCGAACAACGUCUGCGGCGUGUCCUGCGCCGAGGUUGACAUCAUGGAGGCGAACCAGCAUGCCUGGCACUCGACCCUGCACACCGCCACGGAUCGCGAUGGUGCCGCAGUGGGCUAUGGCGGCGGCGGGCCAGGCUGGAGCGGACCGCGCGACUGGGCCGAGAAGGACUACGGCCCCAAGGGCCGGUGCGUCGACACCGAGAAGACCUUCCGGGUCUCCGUCUCCUUCCCGGUGGACAGCAACGGCGUCCUGACAGCGAUGGACGUCAAGCUGGAGCAGAAGGGCAAGCGGCGGCCUCAGAGCUCCCGCCGGAGUGGGGGCCAGCCGCGCGGCGG